AUGGUCGCCCGCCUGACCAUGACUUUGAAAUACAUAAUAGUUUUGAUAGCUUUGAUCAGUGUAAAUGUCUCUUGCAAAUCAACAUACAAAAUAUGCGUGCCGGCACCAUAUUUGAAGGCCUGCGAGGCUAUGCUUGAAGUACCUACAAAGAGCAAGGCUGUUUUGGAAUGUAUUCCGGCGAGGGAUAGGAUGGAAUGUCUGUCAUUCGUGCAGCAAAGACAGGCGGACUUUGUUCCAGUGGACCCUGAGGAUAUGUAUGUAGCUUCCAAAAUACCUAACCAGGAUUUCGUAGUAUUCCAAGAGUACAGGACCGACGAUGAACCUGACGCGGAGUUCCGGUAUGGCGCCGUGAUUGUUGUUCACAAGGACUUAAACAUCAACAAUUUGGAUCAACUAAAAGGCUUAAAGUCUUGUCAUACUGGAGUUAACAGAAACGUGGGAUACAAGAUUCCAUUAACCAUGCUGAUGAAGCGUUCCGUGUUUCCCAAAAUGACGGAUCGUUCUAUCUCGCCAAAAGAAAACGAGCUCCGAGCUCUAUCUACUUUCUUCAAGAAAUCCUGCAUCGUUGGCAAAUGGUCACCGGACCCGAAAACUAAUUUUGCAUGGAAGGGUCAGUACAGCCAAUUAUGUGCUUUGUGCGAACAUCCCGAAAAAUGUGAUUAUCCUGAUAACUUCAGUGGUUACGACGGUGCCUUAAGAUGUUUAGCCCAUAAUGGAGGAGAGGUUGCCUUUACCAAAGUCAUCUACGUGCGAAAAUUCUUUGGGCUUCCUGUAGGAACGAUCCCAGCUAGCCAAUCUUCAGAGAACCCUGAUGAGUUUGCAUAUCUAUGUGUUGAUGGGUCAAAAGUAUCGGUUAGGGAGACGGCUUGCACGUGGGCCGCGAGACCUUGGCAGGGUUUGUUGGGUCAUAACGAUGUAUUGGCAAAAUUGUCUCCUUUGCGAGAGAAGAUCAAGCAAUUAGCAGAUGCUGGCGCAAGUAUCAAAGAAGAACCCGAGUGGUUCUCGAAAGUUCUAGGGCUUUCCAAUAUCAUACACCAUGUGGCCGAAAACAUUCCCAUCAAGCCGUUUGAUUAUCUGCAGAAAGCUAACUAUACCGAAGUUAUUGAAAGAGGACAUGGACCACCAGAACCUGUUGUGAGAAUGUGUGUAACAUCCAACGUGGCGCUCGCCAAGUGCCGCGCCAUGUCGGUGUUCGCGUUCAGCCGCGACAUUCGCCCGAAGCUCGACUGCGUGCAAGAGGCUAAUGAGGAAGCUUGCUUGAAGAGUGUCCAAGACAAUGGUUCGGAUUUAGCAGCGGUAGACGAUAUGAGAGUCGCAGCUGCCUCUAAGAAAUAUAAUCUGCACCCAGUGUUCCAUGAAGUGUAUGGGAAGGACAAAACCCCUAACUACGCAGUGGCUGUCAUCAAAAAGAACUCACCCUUUAAUAAUAUUGACGAUUUGAAAGGCAAAUUAUCGUGUCAUAAUUCUUUUGGAACCUACAGCGGUUUAGUAGCGCCGAUGUACUAUCUCAUAAACAAAAAUAAAAUAAGUUCAGGUCAAUGCAUCAAAAACUUAGGCGAUUUCUUCGGUGGUUCUUGCAUUCCAGGCGUGGACAAACCCGAGAAUAAUCCUAAUGGUUUAGAUGUAUCUAAAUUGAAGAAACAAUGUUCAGGAAAUAAUGCUCCAUGGAAAUGUCUAGAGGAAGAUCGAGGAGAUGUGGCGUUUGUGUCGAGUGCCGAUUUAGUAAACUUUGAUUCAUCAAAAUAUGAAUUACUAUGCUUGAAUCAAGAAAACGGUGGUCGGCAAAGUUUGGACAAGUUCGCUUCAUGUAACAUCGCCUUGGCACCAUCUAGGACUUGGCUUUCUGCCAAGGACUUCCUUUCUGAUGUUUCCAUAGCUCACACACCGUUGAGCUUGGCACAAUUACUUGACGAUAGAAAUGAUUUAUUUAAUAUUUAUGGUGAAUUCCUUAAAAAUAACAAUGUUAUUUUCAAUAAUGCUGCGACCGGAUUAGCCACUACUGAAAAAUUAGAUUUUGAGAAAUUCAAAACAAUUCAUGAUGUUAUCAACACAUGUGGAGUUGCC